AUGGAGCUGAGGGACUGGCUGUGGAGCGUGUGCUGCUGCUGCUGCCCGUGUAAGUGCCUGGAGGAGCCCGCGCUGCCCGAGAAGGAGCCUCUGGUCAGUGGCAGCAAUCCGUACUCCUCCUUUGGAACCACCCUGGCGAGGGAUGACGAGAAGAAUCUGUGGAGUAUACCUCACGAUGUGUCCCACACAGAGGCCGACGAUGACAGGCUCCUGUACAACUUGAUCGUCGUUCGUAACCAACAGGCCAAAGACUCCGAGGAAUGGCAAAAACUCAACUACGAUAUCUAUGCCCUGCGGCAGAUUCGACGGGAAGUGAGAAACAGGUGGAAAUGGAUCUUAGAAGAUUUAGGGUUUCAAAGGGAAGCAGACUCUUUGUUGUCAGUGACUAAACUCAGCACCAUCAGUGAUUCCAAGAACACAAGGAAAGCCCGAGAAAUGCUGUUAAAACUGGCAGAAGAGACGGAUAUUUUCCCAACAAGUUGGGAGCUCUCAGAGAGAUACCUCUUUGUGGUGGACCGUCUCAUCACGCUUGACGCUGCAGAAGAGUUCUUUAAAAUGGCUGUUCAGACUUACCCCAAGAAGCAUCGAGUCCCAUGCCCAGCAGAGGGCCGGAAGGAACUUGCAUUUCCAAGUCCCUGA